AUGGGGGUGGGCUUGGUGAGAGCACAGGUCGGGGGUGACAGGCUGAGCUGGAAUUGUGGGGGCUCCUCGGAGGGGCCCCUCUGGGAGGCCCACCCAGGAGCUCAGGUGCCACCAGGGCCUUGAACGGGGUCAGUGAGCAGGUCUGUUUCCAGAGGGGCUGCUCCAGCAUCCCAGGGCCACGGGGGGAGGUGUUAUCCAGGUGUCCACCUCCCCCAGACCUGCCCAGGCUGUGGAGGCCUACACUGACCCCAGCCCCACCCCAGGCUCUGACUUCUCACCUCGAACUCCCCGCCCUUCACUGCCUAGCCUGCCCGGGAGAGGACAGGAGGCCAGCCAAUCCCAGAGGCCCCAUGCCACGCCCCUGGCCAGCACGCCUGAGAGCGUAUAAAGACACCUGCCAGGAGCCCAGCCCAGAGAACUCACCCCUGCUCGGGACAGCGCUCCGCACCUGGAAGAGCACAUACGUCCCCUGUAUCCCACCUGCCUGGACAGAGCAGAGGGCGCACCUGCCAGACCAGUGCCACUGGGACAGCUGCUGGCAGCCAGUCCCGCAGAGGGACACCUGCCAGGUGGAGCACAGGCCAGCCGGCCCGGAGGAGAAGGAGUGGACGCUGCUGGAGCAGGAGAGCUCCGAGCUUCGAAGCCUGGCUGUGGCCAGCCCGGAGGAUCAUGCCCAGGCUCUGCUGACCCCUGGCCACCAGCUCAGAGCCAUGUCAUCAGGCCAGCAGGUGUGGCACACGGCCAUGCCACCCUCCAGCCGGGGCAGCCCCACAGGCACAGUGCCCAGGUCCCCCAGCUCGGCCAGUGGCCCCAGGACACCCGGCUCGGCCAGUGGCCCCAGGUCCCCUAGCACCCCUGGCUCAGAGAAGGUGGCCUCCCCGCUAGAGUGCUCCAUCUGCUUCUCGGGUUAUGACAACAUCUUCAAGACACCCAAGGAGCUCUCCUGCACCCAUGUCUUCUGCCUGGAGUGCCUGGCAAGGCUGGCAGCUGCCCAGCCAACAGGCCAGCCUGGCUGCGAAGCUGUGCCCUGCCCGUUCUGCCGGCAGCCCACAGCCGUGCCCAACGCCGGGGCCCCUGCGCUGCGCACCAGCCGCCAGCUGCAGGCCAGGAUGCCAGCUCACUUGAGGCAGGAGGAGCCCGUGUGGCUGGAGGGCACCAGGCUGUGCUGCCGCCCAGUGCCCUCUGCGCCUGGCCUUGCGGCCCCUGGCUUCGUGUGUGUGGAUGUGGGCCUGAGCAAGCCUGCUGAGCCCACGGCGCCCCCAACAACCCCAGGGUCCGCCCACCCCCGGGGCCGCCCGGCCCGCUGCUGGGCGGGCUGCCAGGCCUGGAGGCGUGUGACACUCAUCGUGGUCCUGCUGCUCCUGCUUUUCUGCGUGGCACUCUGGCCCGUGCAGUGCGUGCUCAAGACCGGGAAUCUGCGCUGCCUCCCCCGGGCCCCCGCCGCCACCGCCGCCGCCACCACCUUCUCCCUUGGGCCCCUGGCUGACAACUAGGGCCAGCCAUCCUGCCCAGCUCCACGCGUGGAGCCCACAGCCAGGGACACGGGGUGCAGCAGCUGUUGGGAGUUGGUCUCCAGGACCCCAGAGGAGCCCCAACAUGUCUGAGGACCGCAGACUCCAUUCAGCUCGCCUGCCGUCCCCCUGGGGCUGGGUCCUGAUGGGGUAUACAAAAGUGUCCCCAAAGCCUCCAA